AUGAAACAAAUUUCAGCAGUUAUCUUGAUCGUUGAUGACUUGCAGAAUUUCGUGAAUAAAUAUGAUGAUAUGCAAAAAGAAGGAUCUCCUUUUUAUCUGACUAUCAAAAAUCGGGAAUCUUGCACUGAAAGAGAACUUGAAAUACUGUCAGAAACUUUGAGGUAUAGGGAUAAAAUUCUUAGUGACUAUAACAUAAAUAAUUUAAUGAAUGAUUUACGCACUAAUCUUUACUCGCCGAUAUGGAGACGCUUAAAGAUCUGUAAAUUAGAUGCUCGGGCUUUUGCUCGAGCGAUAUUGGCCAGACAACGGAUAGGUGACACACCUCUAUGGUAUCAGACCGAUGAUUGGCGCCGGGAUCCCAAUUCUGGUGUCAAUUUGAGCAUUUUGUUCCAACUUUCGUUCAUUAAAAUCCAAGUUACUAAACCAACAAUUUCGGAAAUUUAUGCAGGAGCAAAUUGA